UUAACAAACAGAAAAUAUAAAAUUUUAAAAAUUAAUAGAGAAAUCAGUGUGAAUGUUAAUAUUAAAAAAAACAAACUUGUUUUUUCUUUAGCGUUCGUUCAACAAAAAGAAAUUAAAAUAUUAAGUUUUCAAAAAUUGCAUAUCAAAUUUUUAAUUGAAAAAGUUAUAAGAACAAUUCUUCAAAUAUGUUGAGACAUAGUUUGUUAAUGUGAAAAUGGCCCUCUUAAAACGUCCGCUUUCGAAAGAUACCGUUUUAGAAACUGUUAAAGCUGAGGAACAAGACAUUGUAUUAAAACGUAAGAAGCGUUCAAGUCGUGACGAAGAUUGUCCAUCUAAAUCUUUUGAUGAAAAAAUAUCAUUACCACAAAAGAAACGAUCAAUUGUAACAUCUAACACAAUUUUAGUAAAUGGUAAAACAACUCCUACAAACCUAACCAAUAACAAUAAUAAUAACAAUACUAUUGUUAAUAAUAAUUUUGUAAAAUCAUAUUCUGAAGAUCAGGACGAUGAAACAUUAAUAAGAGAAACUCAAGCUGCUCUCAAAAGUCUAUCUGGUAAUUGGACAAACGAUACAAAAGGAUCAAUUUAUAAUAGAAACGAUCAGGACGAAAAUCCAUUAUUUCAUAAUUUAUUUGAUGAAAAAUUAAAGGAUUCAUACAGCAGUCAAAUGCAAAAAUAUUCCACAAAGUAUGUUAAUAAUACAGCAUUUAAUAUAAAAUCACAAAACCAGACAAACAAUAACAUAAUAAAUAGUAUAAGUAAUAUAAUUAAUAACACUAAUAAUAAUUCUCAUAACAUUAAACGCGAAUGUGAUAAUUUUUUAUGUAUUCCUAGGCAAAAGGAGAACGAUCAAGCUCGCAUUAAUUCCCAAUAUAAUUAUUCAAGUAAUUCACUGGAUUUGGAUGAUCGUAAAUCAAAAAUUCCUUUUUCUCAGGCGUCAGCUUUUAAACCACCAAUUAUUGAUGCCAAAAGAAUGGUAAAUGGUGUUUCUUUAAUAGGUAGUUAUACAACGGGAACAUUAGCUGCAACUUACGGUACUGACACAACAACUUAUUUAGGUUAUCCACCACCAACAGCACCACCAUCAAUAAUCGCAAAUAAUUUACAACAACAACAUAAUACAACAACAACAUCAAAUUUAGGUAUAACGGUGAGUGAUUGUAAAAAUACCACUACAUCUUCUACUCCUUGUGCAAUCACAUUUACUCCUACUUCAAAUACUAAUCAUAGCAAUAUAUCUACAAUAAGAAACGAUUUUAGUAUUGCUAAUAAAACAAAUUCAACAAAUUCAUCUUCAUCUUUAAAGGAAAAUUUAACAACAUCGACAACGGGACAUUUAUCAACAGAACAAACGAAUACAAGUGAGGAAUGCAAUAAAACCAUAAACGAAACAUCACCAGAUACAAAACAAUAUACAAUUUUACAACCAGCUGGUGUUGGAAGUCGUGCUGCAUCUGUUAUGCAAGAUAUCUCUAGAGAAGGUGUUUUAACAGUAUCAGCAAUAAAUAGUAAUAAUAGUAGCAACAACAGUAGUAAUAAUAAUAGUAAUACUAAUAAUAGUAGCAAUAGAAAUAGUGUAGCAAUAUCAGGUAAUAUUGUAAGUCCUGGUAAUAUUGUAUCAUCGACAACAUCACAAAACGAUAAAAUGUCAUAUACAGAUCAUCAUACGAAUAAUGGAAAUAGUGGUACACUACAACCACCAUUUUCACCUGGAAGUUUAAAUAGAGAUAAUGCAAAAUGCCCGACACCGGGAUGCAACGGGCAAGGUCAUGCUACUGGAUUAUAUUCUCAUCAUAGGAGUUUAUCCGGAUGCCCAAAAAAGGAUAAGCUUUCUGCAGAAAUACUGCAUAAUCAAAAUAUAACAACGGAUGAAUUAAGUAGGCGUCAUCAGAUAGAAAGAGAUUCUGACAAAUUGAAUGAACUUUCCAAUAAACUUCCACCAAAUGGAUUUGUCAGUAAUAACAAUAACACAAAUUGCAUUAACAACAACACAACAAAAUGUAAUAAUAAUAACAUGCCAAUCAUUAAAUCUGAAAUCAGUCCAACACCUAUUAAAACUGAAGCUUCAAUUGGUUACGCUAAAAGUCCUAGUACUCAUCAUAAUCAACAACAUUCGGCAGUAUAUAUUCAUAAUGAAUCGAGUAAUUCAAGUACAUAUACAAAUGUAGACAAUCAUUCAAAACAAAAUCAAUUACAAAAUGGUAAUACGAAUUCAACAUCACAACAUCAAUCCCAACACUUGCAACAGCAGCAAUCUAAUAAUUCUUCAUCGAAUAUUCAAAAUGGAAUCCAAUCGAAUUCAAGUACAGAUGGCAUACAUCAAUCACAUCAAUUAUCCAAUCGAAGCACAGAUAUAUUACGUAAUAAUGUUACAUCUACUGGAUUGAGCGUUAAUGGAAAUUCAAUUACUUCAGGACAUCAGUCAAUGAAUGGUUUUGCCAACAUAAACGAACAACAAAAUUCUCAAGAGAGAUCUAGACAAUAUGAAUCCAAUUCCUCCUUAAUAAUGAAUGCUAGUCAAACUACAUCGAAUGGUAAUGCUACGUCCGAUAAUGUUAAUGGAACGUCAUCUGUCACCAAUAUGACAUCAAUGGAUGAUCCAUAUAUACGAGCCGCAGCUGAGCAACAAAUGAGAUAUUCUCAAAUGAAUGCUGCUGCUGUUGCUGCUGCGGCAGCUGUUGUGUCAAAUAGUGAUAUUUCUAAACAUACAUCAGUUGCAUAUUCAACAAGUGAUAUUCUGAAUAACAACCGACCUACAUACGAUACCUCUAGAUUGGUAUAUGAUACCAAUACAAUGUCAUCAGCAACGGCGUUUGAGCGUUAUGAUCCGAAUUGUGCUUCGCAAAGAACCAAUAUGUAUUCUUAUUUACCAAUUACAGAUGAUCUUAAUAGCCAGCAACAAAAAUUUUUACAAGACCCACAAAUGGUUCAUGUGGGCAUGUUGAAAGCUGAACAUGAUGAAAAUAACGGCCCAAUAUAUCCAAGGCCAAUGUAUCAUUAUGAUCCAACCAUGGGUCCAUUACCACCGGGAUUUUCAGCAAUUAAUUUAUCUGUGAAAGUUGCUGCAGCUCAAGCUGCUGCCGCUGCCGCUGCUUAUAAAAAUAGCAAUGGAGGAGUAAGCUCUCCAUCUCCAACAUCAGGACCAAGACCCGGUGUUCCUGUGAUAGAUCUUUCAUCUUCUAGCGUUGCAUCGCCGAGUCCUCAUGGAUUUAAUUCCUCACAGUACCGUUUAUUAGGAGCAGGCGGUGUAGGUGUAGCGAACAGUACAACAGGCAACGGGGGCAGUGGUGGUGGUGGCGAUAACGCAACUAGUCCUCAACCCGGUUCUAGUCCUCAUCAAUUAGCUAGUCCUCAAGUGCCAAGUCCACAAGGUCAAACUUUAGAUUUAAGUGUGACACGUUUACCACAUCACAGCAUUUUACUUAGUUCAUCUAGUUCGCAAUAUGGUGUUCAUACAGAAGGAUUACACCCUCAUGGUUUUGGCACUGGAUCUGGUGCAGGCAGUAAUAGUGGGGCAAAUGGUGCAGCCGGUUCUGCAAGAUCUCCUCAAAGUGAGCCAGUUGACUUUAGCGGACCACCACGUCCUCUUGGGUUUGGCUUAGUGGGACAUAUUAGCGGACCAACAGGCCCUUAUAGCAGAGAAUCAACACCAGAUAGUGGUGGCUCUCAUUAUAUUGAUAGCUAUAGAGACCCUAGUGGAUAUAGCCCACAUCCUGGUUACGGUAUGGUUGUUCAAUCAGAUUAUCCCCCAACAGGUUACCAUGGUUACGGUCCAGCAGCAUAUCAAUGUAACCCAUAUGCAACAGCGGUUGGUCCAGGAGGGUACCCGACACCAGUUUCCGGGGGUUAUUCACCAAAUCCAGCUUCAUGUUAUGCCAUGCCGCCACCUCAACACAUACCACAACACGAUAAAACAAAAGAUGGAUUGACUGGUUGCCCACGUGCUGAUCGAAAUCAUUUACAAUCGCAUUCACAAGAAUUAAAAUGCCCUACACCAGGUUGUGACGGUUCUGGUCACGUAACCGGUAAUUAUUCAUCUCAUCGAAGUUUAUCUGGUUGCCCGAGAGCGAACAAACCCAAAAGUAAACCACGAGAUGGUCAAGAUUCUGAACCAUUAAGAUGUCCGAUACCAGGUUGUGAUGGUUCUGGACAUUCAACUGGAAAAUUUUUGUCACAUAGAAGUGCAUCUGGUUGUCCAAUUGCAAAUCGUAACAAAAUGAGAGUACUCGAGAAUGGUGGUACAGUGGAACAACAUAAGGCGGCCGUUGCAGCAGCAGCUGCUAUGAAAUUCGAUGGAGUUAAUUGCCCAACACCAGGUUGUGAUGGUACUGGCCAUAUAAAUGGAACAUUCUUAACCCACAGAUCACUUUCAGGCUGCCCGACUGCUGCGCAGGGAAUUAAAAAGCCGAAAUUUGAUGAAGUUGCAAUGGUCUAUCCGAAAGGAUACACUGGUAUGGAAAUGCUUAUGAAUUCUGUUGGCUCAGCAUCAUCGGCAACUACAUCAUCAAUUGCAAGUCUAAGUGGUUUAUCAACAUCGGCUCUAUCAGCAUCAGCUGGAGUUGGUUCAUCAUUAACAUCAGUUUUAGCAGCAUCAGCAGCAUUUUCAUCAGCAUCUUCAUCAUCUGUUUCAUCAUUAACAUCGUCAUCAAUUAACAAAUCAACAAUAUCAAAUGCAAUAUCAAGUACAACUACACCACAACAAAACUCUGCGCAACAACAACAAAGUAAUACUAACGGAAAUGAUGGAAAUACUUCAGCUAAUGGUGAAGAUUUAGUAACAUUAGAAGCCGAAAUUUCGGAAUUGCAACGUGAAAAUGCAAGAGUUGAAUCACAAAUGUUACGAUUAAAAUCCGAUAUUAAUGCUAUGGAAUCACAAUUGAGUAAUGGUGAUCGGGAAAUUACUAUAAUACCAGGCCAACGUAGUGGUGAUAAUUUAAACAAUUACUAUGAAAGUUUACGCAAUAAUGUAAUAACAUUACUUGAACAUGUUCGAAUACCAUCUAACACAUCUGCUGGUACAUAUCCACCUAACACAAACUCUUUGGUAACAACAUCAAUGAGCAGCAUCCCAAGUGUGGUAUCAUCAACUUCUCUUCCAUUACCUGUAUCAACGAAUUCAACAAAUCUAUCAACAGGGGGGCAAACAAUAUCCCAUCACCAUUUAUCACAUCCACUUCAACCAACAUCUAUUUACUCGCAUUCACAUUAUCCACCUAAUUUGAUGCAACAUCAUCAUGGUACCCUUCCACCACCGCCCCCGCCAAAUGCUGGAACAGCCUCUCAUAUAUUAUCAUCAGCUAUUGGGGCGCCAAGUAUGAUGGACACGCAAAUGGUAGCAUCAAAUUCUUCAAUAAGUGAUAAAAUAGGACAUCAUGAGCAUUUUGAUAGUUAUAUUUCAAAAUUACAAUCAUUAUGUGCCCCACCUGAAUCUUAUGGACUAAUAACAGAAUCCGAAAGUAGACCAAUAUAUGAAACUGUUAAAUCUCAAUUAAGUGAUUAUACUGUUCUACCAACACCUAUAUAAAAACUUUAAGGUAAAAGUAAGUAAAUCUUCUUAAAAUAACGGUUAUAUUAUUAAAAUGAUUUAACGUUUUAAAAAACUAUAAACAUAUAUUUAUAAAUGAGCUACCAAACAACGUCAAGAUACG